GAAUUUCGCCUCCGGAUAAUCCGUUCGAAAAUGGUUUUCCGUCGCGACAAUUAGUGCGCUUUGGGCCGCCAUGAAGCACCAUUGAGAGAACGGAACGUCUCGCGCACCGUUUGAUGUGCGUUUCUCGGCGGGCCUCCGUUACGCGUAACAUAACCCCAAUAUCGUUUAUUUGUAAAUAGAGAUUGUGGCGAGAUGAGUGCCGCGUUGAGGUACGUGAACUCGGUAGGCUGGCACAGGAUACUGCUGGUGUUCCUGGCGCUGUGGGUGAUUGUGCUGGUGAUCACCGGCUUCCCAAUCAUCAGCACGAAUCAGGGCCCCGUCGACGGGAAGACGAGCGAACGGCUGAGCAGGGCGCUCGCCGAUUUGGAGGCGCUGAGGAAACAGAACGUCGAGCUGCAGAACAUCUUCAAAGAUAUAAGCGUCAACAACCUGAAACAGGACCAAAAAGAAGCAAUAGAAAAUUUCCAGACACGCCUCACCAAAGCCGAGUACGCCUUCUCGAAAUCCUCGAUUGGCUACAUCAGCCCCAAAGAAGAACCCAACACCCAAUACGAACUGCUGCGCAGGCGCCUGUCGACCAACGCCCUCGAGUUUUGGUAUUUCGUCCACUCGGGUUUGGUCGACUUGCAGAAGCGGGCAAAGGAUGUGGCGCCCGAUUUGGCGGAGCAGCUCCAGUACAUGCUGGGCACGGGUUUCGAGCACAAAAGGGCCUUGCUGAACGACAUACAACAGUUGGCGGAGGUGGACGGCUACGCGACUUGGAGGGAAAAGGAGUCGAAUGAUCUCAGCAAUUUGGUGCAGGAUCGGUUUAAUUAUUUGCAGAAUCCGCCCGACUGCGCCACGGCCAAGAAAUUGGUCUGCAAUUUGAACAAGGGUUGCGGCUACGGUUGUCAGCUGCACCACGUCGUCUACUGCUUCAUGGUGGCGUACGGUACGAAACGCACGCUGAUCCUGAAAUCCAAGGGGUGGCGUUACCACACUGGAGGCUGGGAGGAGAUCUUCAAGCCGGUGAGCGACACCUGCACGACGCCGAACGGCGAGAGCAUCAGCAACUGGCCGGGCAAUGCGGACACGCAAGUCCUCAACUUGCCCAUUAUUGAUUCUCUGUCGCCUCGUCCGCCGUUCUUACCCCUGGCGAUUCCUGAGGAUCUGGCUCCAAGGCUGACAAGGCUUCACGGUGACCCCAUUGUAUGGUGGAUUGGCCAAAUCUUAAAGUAUCUGCUCAGACCUCAGGAAAAAACGCAGGCUAUCAUACAAGAAACCAUGACGAAAAUGGGUUUCAAACGACCAAUCGUUGGGGUCCACGUUCGACGGACGGAUAAAGUGGGCACCGAAGCCUCGUUCCACAGCAUCGUAGAGUACAUGACGGCGGUGGACGAAUACUACGACCAACUAGAAGCGAAAGAAACGGUGGAUAAGCGGCGCAUCUAUCUGGCCACAGACGAACCCAGAGUAAUAGCGGAGGCCAAGAAUAAAUACCCGAAUUACGAGAUACUGAGCGACUCCAGUAUUUCGAAGACAGCCGCAAUAUCCACACGUUAUUCGGAUUCCUCAUUGUUCGGCAUAAUUUUUGACAUUCACAUGUUGUCUAUGAGUGACUUCCUUGUAUGCACCUUUUCAUCUCAGGUGUGUAGAGUGGCGUACGAGAUAAUGCAAAACUACUAUCCGGAUGCGUCCGCCCGUUUCCGUUCUUUGGACGACAUCUACUAUUACGGCGGACAGAACGCACACAACGUCGUCGCCGUGUUGCCCCACGAAGCACGUCGGGGCGGCGAAAUGACGAUGGCCGUGGGCGACCUCGUCGGCAUCGCCGGCAACCACUGGAACGGCUUGAGUAAAGGGCUGAACAUUCGUACGAAUCAAGUAGGACUGUUUCCUGGUUUCAAGGUGCGGAAUAAAAUUGAAACGGCCAAGUUUCCACUGUAUGCGGAGGUGCCGAAAAGAGUUGAAUCUUUGGAUGGCAAAUAAGAUGUUGAGGGUUGAUAAUGAGGGCGGUUUUGUUUUGAAGUUGAUGCGUACAUUGCGGGUUAUUUGUUCGAAUCUCAUUUAUUAUGUUUUAUGUUGUUAGUUAUUGUUGAUUAAUGUAUGUAUUAAAAGUUAAUAGGGUUUCGCAUCAGGGUUGAAACAAAACUGGUAAUACUAUGUUAAUUGUAAGUUUAUUGUCUGGCCUUUUGAACAACGACCAAACAUUAUGCUGCCCAAAAGUGUUUAAACAAUAUUAUGUUUUUCUUGCCCUCAUUAUAAAUCUUAAAAAUUUUUUUUGGAAUACAUUUAAAAAAAAUUAUCAUAAGCUUUAAUUGUAUCAUAAAUAGUGCUAGUUGUAAAAAUCCAUCCAAUCAUUAGAAUUAGUGCAAAAACAGUGUGUAUUCCACAAAAGUUUUCUUGAACAACUUACUACUAGUCUAAUUAGUGCGUGAUCAAUCUGUAAAUCAACGGAUUUAAAAAAUAAUAAUUAAAUUUAUAUAUAUAAAUCUCCUCUAAUAAAACCUGAUGUGGAUUCAUCGAUGAUUUAGCUA